UGGCAUUCCAUGCUGCGUGGUCGCGUCCAAGCUUCAGCAGUCUAUUUGAACAAAGCCAGCUCAACUCUUCCCUCCGUGUCCACCACUCCGGCUCUCUCGCAUGCGCAAAGAGAGAAACUGGAUAGCGCGUUGCGCGUCGACCAAGCAGGCGAAAUCGCGGCCAACUACAUCUAUAUGGGCCAAAUGAUGAUUUUAGGGAGAAACCCCGCAUUAAAGCCACUUAUCCAGGACAUGUGGGAACAAGAGAAGAAACAUCUUCAAGUUAUGGACAAGCUUCAGCUCCAACACCGCGUGCGCCCGACACUCUUCACUGAAGUCGCCAAGGUAGCAGGCUUCGGUUUGGGUGCUGCGACGGCCCUGAUGGGGAAGGAGGCAGCAAUGGCAUGCACUGAGGCUGUUGAAACUGUGAUUGGAGAGCACUAUGACGAUCAACUGAAAGAAAUGGAAUCGCUUCCCUCUGGCGAUCCAAGCGUAGCACUGUUGCGAGAUGUGAUUCGAGAGUUUCGAGAUGACGAGUUGGAGCAUCUGGAUAUUGCGGUUGACCACAACGCUCAACGGGCCCCGGCUCACGCGCUUUUAAGCAGUGUCAUUGGGGCAGGUUGCAAGGUUGCGAUAGAAUUGUGCAAAAGAGUCUAA